AUGGACCAGGCCCUUCUCACAGUUCACAACCAACUGCCAGAGGGCAUCACUGUACUGUUUGUCUCCGACUACUGCUACAAGUGCCUGUACCAGGAGCUGGUGACUGUGGGGGCAGGACAACAGAACGGCUCUGUAGUGCUCAGUACUCACUUCGCCCUCACCUUAAAGGUCCGACACGACGCCACAAACCACACACUCUGCAGGAGGGUGGACACUUUUGAGGAGGCAGGACAUUACUCCCUCUGGGUGCGGCAGGCUGACACUGAGGGAGAGGUGACCUGUUUUCUGGAAGUGGACAAGAGACCCAAUAACAGCAACUUGCCUCUUCUGACUGCAGCUCUCCUUCUGGCUUCCAUCUCUCUGCUCUGGACGGCAGCUCCAUACAUCUACAGAUGGAAGUGUACCUCAAAGAUCAUCAAUUUAAUUUCCUGCCGGCGCCCUGACUUAUCUGCAGAAAAUGAAGAAGUCGCCAUUGAAGCUGGAAGCCAGCCAAAGUCCUCGCGGCUGAAGUCACUGGACACUUUCAGAGGCUUCUCCUUGACCAUUAUGGUGUUUGUGAACUACGGAGGAGGAGGCUACUGGUUCUUCCAACAUGCUCCAUGGAAUGGUCUCACGGUGGCUGAUCUGGUGAUGCCUUGGUUUGUGUUUAUCAUCGGGACGUCCGUGGUGCUAGCGUUCAGCUCGAUGCGGCGCAGGGGAGUGGGCCGUGUGCAGCUGGUCAGGAAGCUCAGCUGGAGGACAUUGGUGCUCAUCCUCAUCGGCUUCUGCUUCAUGAACUACAGCCCCAAAGACGGAGCGCUGUCGUGGUCAUGGUUGCGGAUACCUGGAGUUCUGCAGCGUCUGGGCUUCACCUACUUUGUGCUGGCCCUGAUGCAGACCUUCUCCGCCCGCACAGACGUUCCACUCAAACAGCAUCAUUGGUGGAAUCCAGUCCAGGACGUGGUGUUGUUUUGGCCCGAGUGGCUGUUUAUCAUCGCCCUGGAAACCUUGUGGCUGUGUCUCACCUUCCUCCUGCCCGUUCCCGGCUGCCCCACGGGCUACUUGGGUGCAGGGGGCAUCGGAGAUGAAGGACUGUACCCAAAUUGCACAGGAGGAGCGGCUGCAUACAUAGACAAGUGGCUGCUAGGGCACAACAUCUACCACUGGCCCACAUGCAAGGCUCUGUACCACACCACUCAACCCUUUGACCCUGAGGGUGUCCUGGGAACCAUCAACUCCGUUGUCAUGGGAUUCAUGGGGAUGCAGGCGGGAAAAAUUCUGUUGUUCUAUCGCGGGAAGACGCGGAGCAUCCUGGUGCGCUUCCUCGUUUGGGCCGUGCUGCUGGGAGCCUGCGCAGCCAGCCUUUCUAAGUGCACGCGAGACGAAGGAUUUAUACCUGUCAAUAAAAAUCUUUGGUCUCUGUCCUAUGUGACCUGCAUGGGCUUCAUGUCCUUCCUGCUGCUGGGGCUGAUGUACUUCAUCAUAGACAUCAAAGGCUGGUGGGGUGGCCAGCCAUUCAUAUAUCCAGGCAUGAACUCCAUCUUGGUGUAUGUGGGCCACUCUCUGCUGGGCUUCUACUUCCCAUUCAGUUGGGAGAUGCGCUACACCGAUAGCCACUGGGAGGGGCUCUUCCGGAGCCUCUGGGCCACCGGACUCUGGCUGCUCGUCGCAUACUUCCUCUACAGGAAGAAAUUCUUCCUGAAAAUCUGAUGGCCUGGUGGUCACCUACCUA